CGAAUUUCCCGCUGUGCUCGUAGUUGGCUAUGCUCGCCAGCUAUUGGUGCGACUAAGGGCUUGCUAGGGGAAAUAUCAAUUUGGGGUCCAUGACGUCGAAGCCAUCGACAAAAAUCCUCCAUGUCAGAUUGCCAUUCCUUCAAAGUCAACGGCCAUCCUUAAUAUGCCCACUGUCAUCAGACCACAGCCGUCCAAAGUUGGCCGCAGCCAAGACCGAGUUUUCCGGACUUCCAAGGAGCUGCUCACCAAAAUCUCGUAUCAGGACAGUUAUCUCCCGGUUCUCCACACCUCGUUCCCCGAUCUGGGCUCUUCCGAUUCACCCUCACUUGGGGUUGUGCACUACGAGAAUGGCUUCGUCCACACCGUGCUGCACGCGUUCCAGCAGGACCUGCAUCUGGAGUUGCGCCCUGACGACGUCUGGCUGGCCAUCCUCUCGCAAUUCAGCUUCUUCGUGAAGGGCCAUGGCGAGGAGCUGCGGUCUGCCUUCGUCGCUCAUGAAGGCCAGAUGAGCCUUGAGGUCGACAUGCGACCGCACUCACUCAACGAUGUCGACAUCAACCUUUUCGUCGAGCGCAUGGUGGACUUGGUGAAGUCCCGGCUUCGCGAUCCCGCCGUCGCGUCAUGGCUGCUGCCGCGCUUCUCCACGACGACACAAACGGACGCCACUGUCGCCGCCAUGAUCUUCAUGGGCUCCAUGAAGCAGUACUUCAACUAUCAGAUGCGGAUUGGGUGCGGUUUCCCCUCUGUGACACUACAUGGUACACGCGAAGACUGGGAGUUGAUACGUCAGUCCAUCUCGCAGUUGACAACCCUAGGGGACUUCCAGGAACUUCGCGACUGGGUUAUGUGUCUGGACUGCGUCCUCGUGCAUAUGAUAGCCGGAUUCGACAACCCUGACGCACAAGAGGUCAAGGCAUUUUGGAUGCGCGCCGCUCACGCCGGCGGCCAGCGAGCCUCAGGUGGCCUAGUGACCCUAUCGGGCUGGCUCACGGCAUUUUGCUUCUGGCAGGUCGAUGGGACACGCACAUAUGCGUACACCGAUGAAGAGCUCAGCCGCCAAUGGAGCCUGGGCAAAAAUCCCGAGGAGUGGGCCAGGCUUGAGUUAUCGGGUGUUGGCUUUCCCGUUAUUGGGAGGGAGAAGAUUCCAGCUGCUACUGUCAAUGUGCCCGUUCGUGUUGUUGAUGGCUUUGUAGAGGAACAAGCGUUGAUUAUUGCUGGGCUAGUAGGCAUGGAGAUAGAUACUAUAGAGCUCUCCUCCGCUAAGCCUCGACCUGGGUGGUGGUUGUUGCAUAAAAAAUAAUGGUCAGAUAAUAUUACUAUUAGUUUUAGAGUAUCUAUUCACAGACUCGACAUGACUUGAAAGUCGUGUUUUGUGCAAGCAUUGAGAAGAG